CUGCUCCGAGUCGACGCCGUCGACGCGACUUCCUAGAUGAGGGUUAGUAUUAAAACAGGGCACAACUGGAUUUCGUCAGCUGCUUUAGAUGCCCUCCGGGAAGUAGAAGCCGGCCUUCGUCACGAACUCGGGCUUGCCGCCGCCGAGCAUGGCGAGGACGCCGACGUCGCCCGCGCCCGACGACUUGGCCGCGAGGCCGAUGAUGCCGAGCAUCGCGAGGCGGCAGUGCUUGAUCUCCUGGAGCUGCUUCUCGGCGUACUCCUCGGGCGUGUAGUCGAAGCCGAACGGGUUCCAGCGGCCCGGGCCCUGGCCGAGGCUGAGGUCGCCGGGCACGUAGGCCGGGUCCUUGAGCUUGUUCACGCGGUAGACUUCGAGCGAGGCCAUGAACGCCAGGAUCUGGUACCAGCCGGCGUUCGGGAUCGCGUCGACGGCCUCGAACGGGUUCAUCUUGCCGAAGGCGCCGUCCUUGCCCGGGAAGUGGGCGAUCUCCGGGAAGACCCAGCCCAGGCACGCGAGCUGGGCGAUGCGGCCGUGCAUGAGCUCGGCCUCGCGGAAGAUCUUGAGCGAGCCGUCGCCCUCGUCCCCCUGCCACCACGCGCCCGGCGCGUACUUCGAGAAGCCGAGCGGGUCGAAGCCCACGUCGCCCACCAACGAGCCGUCGAGGUUCGUCGUCGUGAACGGGAGCGCGACCGACGGGUAGGCGCCGCCGCUCGACUUCUGCGGCGCCGCGGGCGCCGCCGGCUUCGGCGCCGACUUCUUCUUGAGGAUGUCGCCGAAGUUGAAGGCCGCGGCCGGCGCCAGCGCGAGGGCGAUGCAGGCCUUGGACAGCAUGGUGACCUGCGCGGGACGCGGUGAGUGCGCAUUGCGGCCUCGGCAGUUAUCGCAAGGUCGGCGGCAGCGUAGGGCGGGUGAGAGCGAUCGACAGUCGCAUCGAUGGCGUUUAUAGCCCCGCGACGGGCCCGGUUCAGCCUCGGCUUUGGUGUUGCACUCCUUUGGUGCUGUCUACCGCGCUCGCAUCCGCUCGAAACGGCCAGCCGGCAGUUGUAUGGCAACGUUAGGCUACAGAAAAGUUUUCCACGCGGUCGGCAACUUGACAGGUGUACGCUUUCAACCUGCUGAUGUGUCAAGCGCGAGUCUGGGC